AUGAGUCAGCUGGAGUUUCCGGGGGUCUACGUGGAAGACGUGGGUCUUCUCGCCAUGGGAACUCUGAAAUUAAACGAGAAAUCGUUGAGUUUCAAGAGUGAAAAAGGCGGGAAAUCGGUGAAUAUCAAUGGAGACGAUAUCGACGGUCUGAAAUGGCAAAAACUCGGAAAUAAGCCGGGACUCAGAGUUGGUGUCAGUGAUGGUGCAGUCCAUCGGUUCGGAGGGUUCAAAGAUACAGACCUCGAAAAACUCCAAAAAUUCACGGACGCCGCGUGGUCUCAACCAAUAGAACAAUCCAAUCUCUUCAUCAAAGGAUGGAGUUACGGACAAGCCGAGGUCAAAGGACGAAAUAUCGAAUUCUCGUGGGAAGACAAGCCGAUUUUCGAGAUUCCGUGCACGAACGUGUCCAAUGUGACAGCAAAUAAGAAUGAGGCUGUUCUGGAGUUCCAUCAGAAUGAUAAUAGUCAAGUGUCUCUGAUGGAAAUGCGAUUUCAUAUGCCAGUUGACGCAGAGACUGAGGAUGACGUGGAUAAAGUAGAGGAAUUCAAGAAAGCAGUGUUGGCAUUUGCUGGAUUGGAAGCUGAAGCUGAGCAACCGAUAUGUCUACUCACGGAUAUUCUCUGUACGACGCCACGUGGAAGAUAUGAUAUCAAAGUGUAUCCGACAAGUAUUGCACUCCAUGGAAAGACUUAUGACUACAAGAUUCCAAUCAAAUCGAUCAAUCGAUUGUUCUUGGUGCCUCAUAAAGAUGGGCGAAGCGUGUUUUUCGUGUUGUCACUGAAUCCGCCGAUUCGUCAGGGACAGACGAGAUAUAGUUAUCUGAUUAUGGACUUCCCGAAAGAUGAGGAGCAGGAUUUAGAGUUGGCGUUGACUGACGAGCAACUCGCUCAAAGCAAUGGAGCACUCGAGAGAACAAUGGAGGGAGCUCUCUACAAAAGCGUCUCGGCCAUCUUCAAAUCGAUCUGCAACCUGAAAAUCACUGAACCCGGACGAUUCAUCGGUCACUCUGGCACUCCCGCUAUCCAAUGUACUCAUCGUCAGAAUCCAGGAUUACUGUACCCAUUGGAGAAGGGAUUCUUGUUCAUUCAUAAACCCGCAAUGUAUAUUCGAUUCGAAGACGUCAGCUCAUGUCACUUGGCUCGUUCUGAUGGUGGUACCGUAACCCGUACGGUAGACUUCGAAGUGGAUCUAAAAUCUGGAGCUCCAAUCAUAUUCAAUGCGAUGGAGAAGGAGGAGAACAAUAAAUUGUUCGAUUAUUUGAGCAAGAAGAGUAUCAAAAUCAGAAAUCCAGCGAGAGUUGAGAGUAGAGCUGCCGAGUCGAGUGAUGAGGAGCCGGAUAGAUACAAAGCGGCGGUUAAGGCGGAAGGACUACAGAAAGAUGAUGAUAGUGAUGAUGAGACUGAUGAGGAUUACGAUUUGGAUCAAGAUUUGAAAAGGAAAAAGACUGAAAAAGACUCUUCAGAGGGGUCCGCAUCGGAGCCAGAUGAUGAGUAUGAUUCAGGAUCCGAGCAGGAUUCAAGUGGAACUGGCGAGUCUGAACCGGAAUCGGAAUCUGAGACGCCGGCGAAGAAAUCGAAACGAUCGGAGCCAAGAGAGAAACGAGAGAAAAAGGAGAAGAAAGAGGGAAAACGUGGAAAGAAGGAUAAGAAGGAGAAGGAUCCGAAUGCACCGAAACGCGCGUCCACAGCCUACUUCCAAUGGUUUACGGCGAAUCGAUUGAAGAUUAAGGAGGACGGAGACUCGGUGGCGGAUGUGGCGAAGAAGGGAGGAGCGAAGUGGAAAUCGAUGAGUGCAGAGGAGAAGAAGGAAUGGGAAGAACUCGCGGAGAAAGACAAGGCUCGCUACGAGGCUGAAAUGAAGGAAUACAAGAAGAAUGGAGGCGGAGCUUCCUCCUCUUCAUCCAAACCGUCUUCUUCUUCCAAAAAGAGUUCGGGCCCAUCGUCAUCAAAAGCGAAAUCCAAGGAAUAUAUCAGUGAUUCGGACGAUUCUGAUGACGAGGAGCCGAAGAAAAAGGAGAAGAAAGCGGCACCAAAAGAGGAUUCCGGGGAAAGUGAUGGCUCGGAGGGAGGAUCGGAUGCAUCGGAUGCGUCGGAAGACGAUUCGGAUUAA